AUGGGCGCUAAUGGAAGCACAGAAGAUUAUAAUGCCAUCGCGGAAGAAACUCGAAAUUAUCAGAUCCAAGAAGCAGCACGUCGGAAAGAACAUUUAGAGGCACUUGAAAGGCAAGACGCUAAACGAAGAGAAACCCUAGCCGAAACAACAAGAGCACAACUUGCUGCGGCGGAGGCUGAGCAAAAAAGAAAGGAUGAAAUGCAACAGAAAAUGAUGGAAAGCAAUUUAGCGGCUCAAGUGGCACGUAACAAACGAAUUGAUAAUGCUCAAAAUCAACAAAACUUGAAUAUAGAAAAGGAAAUUGAAAAUAGUAAUAAUUGGCUUGAUAAGCAAAGAACUGCAAAUCAAGCAGUGAUGGCACAACGGUAUACGGAUCAUCAGAAUGUUUUGACACGGGAAAAAGAACGAUUGACCGAAACUGAGAUCAGACUUGAAAAUAAUUUGGUGGAUGCAAAGAAAAUGCUUGAGAACACUCAAAAUCAAUUUAAUGAUGACAAAAUAGGAUAUCAUGAGAAAAAGGUUCAACAAAUGAAUGAAAACGCAUCGAAAAUCGAGCUUCUGGUCUCUCAAACUACUAAUCUGGUUCUAGAGCAAGAGAAAAAUGAUAUCGUUCACAAAUUGGCGAUACAAGGAAUGGAACAAAGAACUAUUCUGAAUAGGGGAGCUAUUAUUCAGGCACAGAGCCUAGAUUCAGUUGAACGUGAAUUCAUUGAUGCAGUUAAUUCUACAAGACAAAAAGGAAAUGAAGUUGCUAAUUCUAUUUCACGUAUGGGAUCUUAUGCCUUUCAACUUAAACCGGAAGAUCCGGUUUGGUCGCGGACGUCGCAAGUUGCAUAUUGUAAGAAGGAAAUUCAAAAAGUGGACUUGCUGCUGGAAGUUUUGAGUGACAAUACUGAAGAAAUAUCUAAACAGCGUGAAAAUCGAAACCAGGAAGUUCUCCGAUGUCAUGCUGUUGCUUGUCUCAUUCAGAAUGCUAUCACCACCGUAAGAAACUCUCUCAAUCAAUUUGGAGCUUCAUUACAGGAAAAUACAUUUACAAAUUGUAUUGGGUAUUACACAGAUCUACUUGAGAAGAACAAGACUCUAACUGAUGUAAUUGUCCAGUUACCAGCAGUGUCUCGAUCUAACCAUACAACAAGUGCCAUAAUGUACAGCUCUCAGAGAUUUGCUAUUGAUGUUCAAAAUGAUCGCCUGGCUCUUGAGCAGAAAGGUCAGCUGGCUCUUCAGAAUAUGAUCAAUGGAAAUGGAGGAAAUACCACUUAA